CAUCCAUGAAAAUACUGUAGAAUACUACUAAGGGGUUAAAUCAAGCACACAAAUCCAAUUCCUCCUCCUUCCAUGGCAAAUUAAACCCCUAGACGCCAUUAAACACUUCUCUAUUAACAAGUUCGCAGUAAUUUUCAAUCAGACUGUAGCAGAAUGCGGCUGCUGGUGAGUGAGGAUACUACUACCCCAAUUUAUUGGUUGAAUUGGAGAUUCUUGCUCUGUGCAAUAUGGGUCUUGACAUCUAUGCUCCUUGCAUCAUUUCUGAUAUGGAAAUAUGAACGUUCAGACAAUUCCAAAACUGAGAGAGGGGAGACGCAACAGGAGAGCCCACGGAUUUUACGUAAUGAUGAAUCUUGGAAGCCGUGUCUGAAAGAAAUUCACCCGCUUUUUUUGGUGAUUUUUCGGUUGAUAGCAUUUUGUCUGCUUUUAGUUUCUCUCAGUUUCGAUGUUGCUGCUCACGGUGGUGAAUUAUUUUACUACUAUACGCAGUGGACUUUUACUUUAGUCACCAUCUAUUUUGGGUUUGGUUUGUUGCUUUCUAUCAACGGAUGUUUACAACAUUACAAAGCAAACAGCUGCAGCGACUACCAUGUAUCAGAGGUUGUGGAGCAAGGGUUAUACGAGCCUCUUGCCCUUGGAGUAAAUGAAAAUGGAGCCAAAUUACAAAAACGAUUGGAAUGUCCAGAAGAACACCAUUGUUCGAGAACUGCUGGCUUGUGCGGAUACCUGUUUCAAAUUUUAUACCAGAUAUCUGCAGGGGCGGUGACUCUUACUGAUGGUCUUUACUGGACCAUAAUAUUUCCCUUCCUUACCAUCAGAGAUUAUGAGCUGAGUUUUUUGACAGUUGUAGCACAUUCACUCAAUGCUAUCGUGCUCCUUGGGGAUACAGCUUUAAACAGCCUGGGGUUCCCUUGGUACCGAAUCUCUUUCUUCAUUUUGUGGACGGCUACUUAUGUCAUCUUCGAAUGGAUUAUCCAUGCAUUUGUAUCGAUUUGGUGGCCGUACCCAAUUCUUGACUUGUCAUUUGAAUAUGCUCCUUUAUGGUAUUUGUUGGUGGCACUAUUGCAUAUCCCAUGUUAUGGUAUCUUUGUAUUACUGGUGAAGGUAAAACAUUUGGUAUUGUCCAAACGGUUCCCUCAGUCAUAUCAGUUUUGCCCCUAGGAUUCUCCUUCCAAUAUCAGGUGUUUCUUAAUUCUUAUGAUCUGCCACUGGAGGUGGUAUAUUGAAAAAGUUGAUGUACCAUUGGAAAGUUUCCUUUCAGGAUUCGAAAUAUGUGGAGUAUUUUGAUGUGUAUCAAUUUUCUACGUUGCAAAUAUGUUGAUUCUGGAAAAGAUGGGUGAUUAAGAACCUGUUUGGGAGUGAUUUUCAGAA